AUGGGUUAUGAUUCUAAUGAUAUGUAUAUUAUUUGUCCUCAGGCAGUGGUACACAGAGUGCAAUCGUGUAGUACCUCCGCAGAGGAAAGAGAUCGAUGCGUUCAGGAGGAAAAUCAGGAAAAUGAAAAGGUCAAAGAUAAUCAGCUAGAGAGUACAAGAUUUUUGAAAAAUGAGAAACAGCUAUUUACAGAAAAUAAAGCAUUAAGGUCUGAAAUAGAAGCCAUGAAAUAUCAACAGGAAGAAUUCGUACUUAAAACUGAAAACGAAAUGAAAAGGCUUACACAGGAGUCUGAUGAGCUUAAAUCCAGACUUAGCAAAAUGGCAUCGGAUCGCUUGACAGACAACAACCCAAAUAUUGCUGACCUUAGUGAUGAAAAUAGAGCAAUCAAAGUUGGUGAGAAGUUUUCAGAGCUAUACAGUAAUGAAUGGAGUGACGCUUUCGAAGACCUAACAGAGAAAUGUGACAGAAAAGAAUCUCAAGCUAUUCAAACACUUCUUGAUAUACUCUUGGCUAUAUUUAAGGCGUGCAGAGGAAACGCGGAAAUGCAUUCUCAUCAUCUUGAAGAAGCAAUCUUAAAAUUCACAGGAAAUAAAAAGUUAAACAAAUCGCUAGCAGCGUCCCUGAAGGUAUACAAAGACGAACGGAAAAGAAAUUACAAAAGUACAGUUCCAUGUAUCAGUACGAUUACGGAAGAGGUUAUCCCUUUGGAGGAAGAGAGAACAUACAAAAUGAAAAUUUAUGUCGAAACAGCCAUAGAGAUUUGCUGGCUAAUGUGUAUACAAGACCCUCCUUUAAGUCUGUAUACAAAGUCAAAAGGAAAAUUCGACGAGGGAUACUUUAGUCCCUACACAGUUAGUGGUCGCCGUGUGGCAUAUCUUGUAUGGCCCGCCUUGUUGCUUCAUGAAGGAGGGCCGAUAUUACAAAAGGGUGUGGCACAGGGAAGAAAGAGUAAGAAGGAAAGGAAAACGCUUGCAUUAGUACGCCAUACUAACGAUGAAAACACUUCACCUCAUGAAUCGAUAAACCUGUCUAGGUUAGAAAACGAAAAGCAAAACAGCGAAUAUGUUGACCAAACUGAGCAAAACCAAACAUCACAGCCAAGAGUAAGAAAUCAGAGUUUCAUGUUAAAUGCUCACGAACAAGUUAGUUUAAAAGGUACAUUUACAUCUUUGCCUUCAAAAAAGCCUGAUAGUACUGAUGGAAAAGAAGAUUUCCACAAGAAAUUUAGCAAUAACUCUCCAUGGAGAUCAAUUGAGCCAUUGCGCGAAGACGAAACUGCGGACGGUACACCAAAAUCAAAGACUUACCCAUGCCCAAAACAAAAACCAGCCCGUAGUGCGAAGACAGAUAUGUUUGACUUAAAGCACGGUGAUGUUAUAACGGUAAAACGGAAAUAAUGACACAGUGUGACAGUAAACAGUAUGCGAACGGGUGUUACAUAUAUUUUCCUCCCACAUGAACUUCGUUCAAAUCAUUCCGAUAAUACUAGUAUGAUACAGCUAUUCUACAAGAUGACAGGUGGACAAUUUAGGCCCUUCCUGAGUUUAUGUGUUUUUAUAAGUUUUUUUCGGCGACGCCGUCUAAAUUCGUUUUCGUUACCUAUGCCAUGUGACUUCAGUUUGCAAAUCAAACUACUUGAUAACGCAUUAUAGAUAAUUUAUCAAAAUGGAAGAUUUAUGCAACACUCUGCCUGAUUGGACGAGAGUGUCAAUUUCUUUCACUCUGUUGAUUGUGCUACGCUGAGUGAAAUGUAGACAAAGCGUUUAUCCUAAACGACGCUGUUCACAGUUUUAAAGCUAACUUUGGCUCAGUAUAUUUAGCAAGAAUAUUGAUAUAUCUCAAAAUGAUAAGUAAGCUUAAUAAAUAUGAUAAAAACCUGUUUAAAUACCAACAUAUAUCAAAUUAAAGAAAGAGCUGAAUACGGUCUGCGUAUCACAUGAAUAAGUGUGUGAUAAGAGUUUUUUAUGUAGAGAAGUGCUUUUUAAAAGAUUUUCCUUGUUACAAUUGUCGUCUGUAUAUGAAAAGAUUUCUUGCUUUUGUGACUUAUUCAGAUUGCAUAUUAAAAUGAGUACUUGUUUGCUUUGAUAUAUUUGUUAUAAAUUAUUUAACUGAUUUAUUAUAUAUGAAUAUUGUUCUUUAGUAUGGUAUGCAAAUAUUGAACUCAGUUGAAAUCUGUUUCAUUAUAUAUAUGCUAUAUAAUGACUGAAUCUCAUUACAUUGAAAUGAAGGUACGUUGCAUACAGUUUGUGAUAUGACUACGGUCAAACUUUGCUUAUGAAACAGAAAUAUUGAAAUAAUUACAAUUGUAUGUUUGGCUUGACCUUCACCAUUUUUAUAGGUGUGACGUCAUUGUCCAAAGAUUCAUGAAUAGCGAAUAUGCAUUUGUUAAAGCGGGGUCAGUUGGCCUAUUUUAGAAAUAAAUAAAAAUAAUAAAUAAAAAAAUCCUUUAAUUGAUU